AUGGCUAAAUCUAUCGACAUCACAGAAGAAGUGUCCAUUAAAGAGAUCACCGAUGAAGCAAGCCCACAUGAGAAGCCGCAGACGAUGCAGGAAAAGCAAAAUGACAUAGAGAUCGUGGAACAACAGCAACAACAAGAACAGUACUCCGUGAAUACUGAUACCAAAGUUACUAGUAAUGCUGUUAAUGAAUCAAGCAUAAACUCGGCACAGCCACGCCUGUCCCAGCCACCACAAGCGCCGCCAACCAAAAAAAUCACUCAAAUCUCUAGCAAAACCAAAAUGAUUCUUCGAAAAUACGCCUCAUUUAUCGGCCCAGGAUUGGUCGUAUCAGUCAGUUUUAUCGACCCUGGUAACUAUCAAACCUGUGUCACUGGUGGUAGUUCAAAUCGGUUUUCCUUGCUAUUUGUCGUGUUUUUAUCAAAUUGUAUUGCCAUUUUCUUACAAAGUUUAUGUAUUAAAUUGGGUAGUGUUACCGGAUACGAUUUGGCUCGCUGUAGUCGAGAAUUCUUACCCAAGAAGUUGAAUAUCUUGUUGUGGGUGCUUGCUGAAUUGGCCAUUAUUGCUACUGAUAUUGCUGAGGUUAUCGGUAGUGCCAUUGCUUUGAACAUAUUGUUGCGAAUCCCCUUGCCUGCUGGUGUAGUGAUUACCAUUACCGAUGUCUUGUUUGUCUUAAUGGCGUAUCGUGCUGAUACUUCGUCCAUGAAGUUUGUCAAGAUAUUUGAAUAUUCGGUGGGUGCAUUGGUGGGUGUCGUGGUUAUUUGCUUUUGUAUCCAACUAUCAAAGAUCCAUGCCGAUGCUAGAGAUAUCUUUAGAGGGUAUGUGCCUAGUAAACAAAUGUUUGAUGGUAGUGGAUUGACUAUUGCCACUUCGAUUGUUGGAGCAACAGUGAUGAUUCAUUCGUUGUUCUUGGGGUCAGGUCUUGUUCAACCUAGAUUACGCGAGUAUGAUGUUAAAAAUGGUUAUGUCGAUUUGAACAAGGUUGUAAGUGAAGAUGAAGAGAAACCACAACCAGUGUCUGAUGCAGAAAAGAAGAAAUUAAAACAAAAACAAUAUGAAAAGGAAGCUGAUUUUUUUUAUCAUCAAUAUAAACCAUCAUUCAAAGCCAUCAACUACUCAUUAAAAUAUUCCAUUAUUGAACUAGCACUCAGUUUAUGCACAUUUGCCCUUUUCGUCAAUUCAGCAAUCUUGAUUGUGGCUGGUGCAACCUUGUAUGGAACACCCGAAGCCAUGGAUGCUGAUUUAUACACGAUUCAUGAUUUACUUUCGCGUUCAAUUGCCCCGGCAAUGGGUACUAUCUUUAUGGUUGCUCUUUUAUUCAGUGGUCAAAGUGCAGGGAUAGUAUGCACUAUUGCUGGACAAGUUGUUUCUGAGGGCCAUAUCAACUGGACUUUGAAACCAUGGUUAAGAAGACUUAUAACGAGAAGUAUAUCAAUCAUCCCUUGUCUUAUUGUCAGUGCAUGUCUUGGUCGAGAUGGAAUGGCCAUUGCCUUGAAUAUAUCGCAAGUUGUAAUAUCAAUCUUGUUGCCGCCAUUGACAGCACCCUUGAUCUACUUCACGUGUUCGAAAAAAUUCAUGAAGGUCAAGUUGGAUAAUGGUGAUGUUAAUGAUGAUGAAGGUAGUGUUGGGCGUGUGGUGGAAGAUGACAAUGGAGAUAGGUUCAAGUAUAUGACAAAUAAUUGGGUAACUACGGUGUUUGCUGUGGCAGUGUGGAUUUUGGUUUCAAUGUUGAAUAUCUAUGCUAUUUAUGACAUGGCAAAGAAUGGUGUGUCUGGAUAA